CCCUGGGCUAACGACUCGGACCUGGCCAACUACGGAUUUCUGAUGCAGACAGAAUUUUACCAGUUACCUCUGCACAUCGAAUACAUUCUGGUGCGCAUGACGCUGGUUGGCAUCGGGUUGUCAGUGGUUGGAUCGCUGCUGUCGGUAUUUCUCAUCUGCUACGUGCCUAUCCGCAGUGAUGGCCUGUUUGCUGUAGGAAACAUGUGUGUGGCCCUCCUGGGCGCUCAGCUGGCCUUUGCAGGAGCCGAGAAUGCCUUCCCACAGAAGAUCAUGUGCAAGAUCUCCACAGCCUCCAUCCACUACCUGUUCCUGUCGGUCCACUGCUGGGCCUUGGCUUUCUUCCUCCACCUCCUGCUCAAGCUGACGCGCCUGCUCCACGGCAAGCGGGCCAAGAGAAGGUUCGUCCUGGUCAGCAUCGGCUGGGUGGUUCCCAUGGUGAUCGUGGCAACAACAGCCGUUCUUGUGGGUGACAAAUAUGGCGAUGAGAAACUGUGCUGGUUGAGCCCAGACAAUGGAUCCCAUUGGGCCUUUGUUGGCCCUGUCUGCUUCGCCUGUGCUGUGAACGUCACCAUCCUUCUGUUGGUCAUCUUGGUCCAGUUGAAGCAUGACCUCAAGAAGGACGUCUCACUGACCAAACGUCUGAAGAACGCGCUGUCCACUCUGAUGGUCCAGUUUCCGAUCUCCAACGUCACCUGGCUUCUGGGUAUAGUUCCCGCACAUUAUGUGGCAGUCCAGUACCUCUUCGUCUUGCUGAACGCCUCACAGGGCAUGUUCAUCUUCGCCUGUCACAUGAUGUGUAGCACACAGAUCCGGGGGCUGCUGAAGUCGCGCCUAGGGGCAGGUGUGGGUGUGGACGGGCCCAAGCAGAACUCCCAGAGUGACAGCACGGGCAACACACAGUCCGUGGAGAUGGACAUCGUCGGCGAGGGCCUCAAGACCAUCUCUUCCUCCAAGAAACGUGAGCCCUAG